UCAGCAGGUUGGGCUGCGGUGGCAGCGGCAGCUGGGCAGCUGAGGCGCUGCGUUUGAGAGGUCCCAGACGCGUCUGCGGCGCCAGCUCCGCCACCCUUUGCCUCUCUCGUUCCAGUCUUCGUGCCGGGUGCUGCGGAAGGCAAGGGCGCUAGCUAGUGAACCCCGAGUACACCCGUGGCUGCUUCCGACACCGCCCUCCGUCCCUUCCCAGCCACGGGCCUCACUAAGUGCUAGGCGACUCUGCGGGGAGGCGGCGGCGACGGCUGCCAGUCUGUGGAGGAGUCCUGCCCUCCAGCCUUGCUCCUUCGCCGGGCCUUGCAGGGGCCGAGAGAGUUCGGCUCCUGCCUUUCCUCUUGCCUUUUUCGUCUGCCGGUUGGAGCAGCGUCGGUCCGGUGGUCUCUGGACUGAGGCGGCGGCAGCUCCUCCGGCUUCAUCAUGUCCGCGGGCGGAGACUUCGGGAAUCCGCUGAGGAAAUUCAAGCUGGUGUUCCUGGGGGAGCAGAGCGUUGGAAAGACAUCCUUGAUCACCAGAUUCAUGUAUGACAGUUUUGACAACACCUAUCAGGCAACAAUUGGCAUUGACUUUUUAUCAAAAACAAUGUACUUGGAAGAUCGAACAAUCAGGCUGCAGCUGUGGGAUACUGCGGGUCAGGAACGUUUCCGUAGCCUCAUUCCCAGUUACAUCCGUGACUCUGCUGCAGCAGUAGUAGUUUACGAUAUCACAAAUGUUAACUCAUUCCAGCAAACUACAAAAUGGAUUGAUGAUGUCAGAACAGAAAGAGGAAGUGAUGUUAUCAUCAUGCUAGUAGGAAAUAAAACAGAUCUUGCUGACAAGAGGCAAGUGUCAAUUGAGGAAGGAGAGAGGAAAGCCAAAGAGCUGAAUGUUAUGUUUAUUGAAACUAGUGCGAAAGCAGGAUAUAAUGUAAAGCAGCUCUUUCGACGUGUUGCAGCAGCAUUGCCUGGAAUGGAAAGCACACAGGACAGAAGCAGAGAAGACAUGAUUGACAUAAAACUGGAAAAGCCUCAGGAGCAACCAGUCAGUGAGGGAGGCUGUUCCUGCUAAUCCCCCAUGACAUUUCAGCCCUUCUCCAGAAGCUCACUGCUUUGUCCCCCUUACUCUUUCAUUGACUGCAGUGUGAAUAUUGGCUUGAACCUUUUUCCCUUCAGUAAUAACGUAUUGCAAUUCAUCAUUGCUGCCUGUCUCGUGGAGAUGAUCUAUUAGCUUCACAAGCACAAAAAAAGUCAGUGUCUUCAUUAUUUGUAUUUUACAAAAAGCCAAAAGAUUUCAGCAUAUUCCAGUGAUAACUUUAAAAAUUAGAUACAUUUUCUUAACAUUUUUUUUGUUUUUUAAUGUUACUUCAAAAUGAUGGAAAUUUCAACAGUCUGAGUGUGGCUUGGUUAAGGAGCAAUAUGUUCACAACAGCACUUGCCUACCUACUAGAUCUCUCCCUGCUUUUCUCACCUUCCAUUCCCUAUUCUCACCCUCCCUUCCUCAAAACAAAGAGGAGGUGGCAAAGCAGCAGUAAGACCAUGCCCAAUG